AUGACUACUUGCCGGCGCCGCACUACUCUCUUCCUCCUCAAGUUACUCUUCCUCCUCGCCACCGUCGCCGCCGUCGAUUCCGCCGCGGACGAUGCUGAUUCCGGUGAUCCGCAAGAGCUGGAUGCAAUGUGCACAGUCCUAAGGUCCAGUGGCUACAAUCUCUUCUGCAAUGCCAUCGCCACUUCUGACCUUCAAGUCCAACUCACCGCCAACGCCACCGUCGGCUUCAGUUCCUCCAUAAAAGUCACCGCCGGCGCCACCUUCACUCUCUUCUCCCCCAAAGACAAGUUUCUAUACACGCUCGACAUGGCCUCCGAUGCCGCGGAUUACGUCGCCGCUCUGCGUUACCACAUCGUCCCCAGCCGCGCUCUCGCCCUCUCCGACCUCAAAAGCCUCUCCUCCCCGUUCCUCGACACGCUCCUCCCUCACUACAGCAUUUUGAUCUACAAAACUGACAACGCCUCCGUCACUGUCGACGGCGUUAUGCUCUCGGAUCCGGAUCUUUAUCUCGGGUCGAAGAUCGUUGUUCACGGACUCGAUGGAAUUCUUUUGAGCGGUUAUAGCUCGCCGUACGAGGACUGCGACGGAGAGAAUGAAUCAGGGCUUAUUUCAUCGCCGGAUGAGGUUAACGCUCAUCACAUUUGCCUAAACUUCACGGCGCCAACACCGGCCGCGACGCCUACUGUACUACGAGCGGCUCCGACUCCUAGGGCACCAAUACCGGCCGCGAGGCCUACUGUACUACCAGCGGCUCCGAUUCCUAGGGCACCAGUACGGGCCGCGACGCCUAGAGUACAACCACCGCCUCCGACCGAAAAAAGAGGAACGGUUCCAGGACGUUCAAAGCGUGGUCAGUCCCAUCGCCAGGGAAUUAGAAGCGUUCCCCGGAGAGACCGCCGCCGCAAUAAUCACACUAAGGCCGGAGUAGAUUUAUCUGUAGUUUGA